AUGCACAAUGCCGGUUUCACGCGAUCAUGUGACACCCAUGUUCGAAUUAUUCCCCAGCUCAUGCCACCCAAGAAGAACACUGCCAAGAAGCGCGCUGCUGGGGGUGUUGCCCUCAAAGUCAGUGUUCCCCUUGGUUCUCCCAAUCCAUAUGUGGAGGAUCCAUUGCCAAGUGGACCGGCGGCGCCUGAGCUGCCUGCAGAGAUCCACAGCCUAUGGUGUAUGAUCUGCCGUGACGGCGCCGAAGGUGAUGUUGUAUUGUACAAGUGCGACGCUUGCCCGCACGUUAUGUGCAGUCACUGUAUUGAAGUCCCCACCGGCUAUGUCGACAUUGUACAAGGCGUCGACGUCUUGUUUCUUUGCCUAUCCUGCCAUUCUCUGUGCAGUCUUAGAAAGCCGGCACCCUACUUUGGAUUCUACAGCGCCAACUUGCCUGACAGAGGAGGGCAUCCUGUCCUUCCUCAUUUCCUCCGGCUCAACGGCAAGUUUGAGGCCGUGUCAUGCACGUUGUUGGCCUCCACGCCGGUCGCCAUCAUUCACUUCAUCAUCAGUGCAACUGAUGAAGUGAUAACACCUGUCCCCCUCCUGUCGCACUAUUUGGAACACUUUUUCCCCAACGGUGGGUACACUUACCUGGAGGUUGUCUUCGACGUUGCAACACACAAGAAGAUAGACGCGUACACUCAGACGCAGCAAGCGCGUGUCACUCAACUCACACAACACCUUGGACGAGCUGGACGUGUUUUUGCAUUUUUUUCGAACCAUUCCGAACAAGACAGCGGGUGGCUGUUCGCGGGUAAGGUAAAUGGUAGAUAUAUUGCUAUGAGCGUCACCCAGGUACUAUAUACUGUAUUCCGGCCUUAUCUUCCUCUUCUCAAGGCCGCCAACAUGGUGCUCCUUGUGUGUGGCUCUAUUGUCACACAUGAGGACGCAUUUGUUGAGCUCAAGCAGGCCGUCCUGGACAUCAAGGUAGCAUCCGCUAUCAUUUUUCCUGCCAAAAGGUUCCAGCCACUGGUCGCCACCAACUUCCUACUGGCCCUAGCGGAACUUGUCAUCAUCGAACAGCUGGAUCUCCACAAAGUCUUUCCCUCUCUGCUCUCCCUCUCCAACCGCCUUGGACUACAUUCCAAGAUCAUAUCAAUGACCAGGGAUAACACCACCCAUUUUCCCAGGCUUUUCGUCACAACUUACGCACGCGCCCACCCACAGACACAGCCGUGGGGCAUUGAGGUGCCUUCACAGUGUCCCCUCUGCGGCUUGACCAAUAGUUGGUCGGAGAAAGUUGGUGUGACAGCGUCACAACAGUCUCAAGGUGUCGCCGCUCAAGACCAGGCCGCAGGUGGAAAGUCUCCCCAUAGGUUCCAGAUUGACAAACCUCUGGGUUUCCUUGUCAACACCGCUAAGAGCAGGAACAGCGGCUGGUUUCAGUCCCCUUCUGCCAUCUUCCCAUCUCCGUCUGUUCAGUCUGCACCUAUUUCGGCCACAUCUUCCAUCAGCCAAGCCAAACGUCCAAGGAGUAGCAAAGAGAGUUUAGAUGAGACUGAGUCUACUAGGAAGAAGGCACGCAACUGA